AUGGCACCUCCUGCUGCAGACGUCGACCUGGCUCCCGAUGUUGUAACACCCAUUCCGUCCAAGAUCCUCAAAUCGGUGUCGAGCAAGUCUCCGCUCAAGUAUUCGGGAUCUUUGGAUCAGUACAAGCACUUCGACGUUACCAAUGUCAUUGGUCGGGAGUUUGUCGAUCUGCAGUUGAGCCAGAUCCUCAACGACGACGCGAAGCUUCGUGACCUCGCAAUCACGGUCUCUGAGCGUGGCGUCGUGUUCUUCCGAUCCCAAGAUUUGAACAUCGAGGAUCAGAAGAUCCUCGGCCAGAAGUUAGGCGAGCUCACCGGCAAGCCUGAGACUUCAAAAUUGCAUCGACACGCGCUCAGCAACAGCAAGCGCGGAAUCGCAGUUGACGAGAACGGUAAACUUGACGACGAAGUCUCCGUCAUCUCCAGCGACCAGAACCGAAAGUUCUACAAGGAUCGAUUCACAGCCGGCUCGAAACGCCUUGCAAGCGAGGGCUGGCAUGCGGACAUCACCUUCGAGCACAUCCCAUCGGACUAUGCAAUCCUGAAGAUCAUUCAGCCACCCAACGACGCCGGCGGCGACACUCUGUGGGCUUCCGGGUAUGAAUUAUAUGAUCGCCUCUCGCCGGAAUUCCAGGACCUUGCGACUCGUCUUACCGCAACGCACCAUCAACCUAACUUCGUCCGUGUGGCCAAGGAAUUCGGCGAGGAGUUGAUCGAGACAGACCGCGGUGCGCCAGAAAACACCGGCAUCGACUUCAAGGCUUCCCAUCCAGUUGUGCGAACCAAUCCCGUCACGGGCUGGAGGUCAUUGUUCGCCGCGGGCCACCAGGUCGAGAAGGGCUGGAUCGACAACGUCACCGAGGUUGAAAGCGAGUUGCUGAAGGGCCAUUUCACGCGCUUGAUCUAUGAGAACCACGACUUGCAGGUGCGCUUCCGUUGGGGAAAGAAUGAUCUGGCGAUCUGGGAUAACCGCUCCGUCUUCCACACUGCGACAAAUGAUUACGAGGGGUCAAGACAGGGCAAUCGCGUCGUAUCGCUCGGCGAGAAGCCAUAUUUCGAUCCGAAGUCGGUGUCCAGACGCGAGGCGCUUGCUUCCCGUGGGUAA